UCCACGAUGGGAAUCUCUACUACUUUUCCUGUGGUGAAAUGUCCUGGAAAGACUCUGAGCAGUACUGUGUGUCAAAGGGGUCCCACCUAACCUCAGUGACCUCAGUGGAAGAGCAGGAAUUUCUUUAUAGAAGAGCCAAUGGUACUUACUACUGGAUUGGUCUGAAUAACCAAAAUGCUGUAGGCUGGCAAUGGAUUGAUGGGACCCCAUAUGAUGAAGCCAAAACCAAAGAGUUCUGGGCCAAUGGGAAACCAAGCAAUGAAAAAGAAAACGAGAACUGUGCGCACUUCUGGGCAAAAACACGACAAUCUUGGAAUAAUUACCUUUGCAUGUUUUCUCUCAAGUUUAUCUGUAAGUGGGACUGUAGGUCAUCUAAAAUGUGCAAAGGAAUAGAAAUCCUUGGCUCCUGAGGCUGCUGACCCCUUAUCAGAAACAAUGGGGCGGAUGGCAAACUGAUCUGGCUACCAUGCACACAAUGGAGUCUGUGGGUUCUAUUUUCCUUUCCAAUUUCAGGUUCUUCCAAAGAAAGCUAGAAGGCAAUGCAAAUGGCUUGGACACUUCCCUUCCUACCUAUGGAUCAGUACAUCUGGAAAUCACAAGAUCCCAAUUCACCUUAGCCCUGAAAUUCUUUGUCAAGUCCAGUCUAGGAUCUCACCCUGUCUGAGGGCUGUGGACAGGGCUUAGCUCCUUUGGUUUCGCACUGGAGAUCCAGAAAGAGAAAGGCACCCUGUCAGGCUAAAAUCUAUAUUAAUAUAUAUUAAUCAGGAGUCUACGCUAAACAAGGAGACAUGAGGGUGUGUGGCUGUUUGGAAGAAGAAGGAUGGUGUCAUGAGAUGCAUAC